CUUUCAGCCAUGACCCAAAAAAGCUCGGUGUUUCUUUGCUCGCGAUUUACACAAUGAGGCCUGAUUAGAGGGUAUUGCACUUUUUUUUUUUCUUAUCUCAUCUGGGCCUUUUUUUCCUUUUAGCCCCCCACACCUCCCCGGGAAGAGAAGUACGUCCCGAACCGCCGACCUGCGACCGCCGACCUGCGACCGCUGAUCGCGCGCUCGUUCUCCCAUCCUCCAUUUCCGACCCACCCCACUUCCGCCGCAGACGGACGCGGGCGACACCGCCAUCAUGAGCGACCUCGACAGGGCCAUCGCCCAACUGCGAGCAUGCCGGCCGAUACCCGAGGCCGAAGUGCGCGAGCUGUGCCACAAGGCGCGGGAACUACUCAUCGAGGAGGGCAAUGUCGUCACUGUCAACGCCCCGGUCACAAUAUGCGGCGAUAUCCACGGCCAGUUCCACGACUUGAUGGAGCUGUUCCGCGUGGGCGGUGAUGUGCCAGAUACGAACUAUCUGUUUAUGGGCGACUUUGUCGACCGCGGCUUCUACUCCCUCGAGACCUUCCUCCUCCUCCUCUGCCUCAAGGUCCGCUACCCCGACCGCAUGACGCUCAUCCGCGGAAACCACGAGUCCCGCCAGAUCACGACGGUGUACGGCUUCUACGACGAGUGCCUCCGCAAAUACGGCAGCGCCAACGUGUGGCGGUACUGCUGCGACGUCUUCGACUACCUCGCCCUGGGCGCAAUCGUGCUCGGCGCCUCCAAUACGCUCCCCGGCCUGCCCGAGUCGUCCUCGUCCAGCAGCGAGGACGUCGAGAUCGAGGUCCACAACUCGGACGGUCACGUCAUCUCCCGCUUCCUCCGCCAAAAGGACGUCGACCGAGGCCGCAUCAAUUCCACCACCACCGUCACUACCACCACCACCAACGGCCACUCCGCAGCGGUAACCAACGGCUCCUCGACCCCUCCCAAUCCCGUAACCUCCUCGUCCCCUUCCCCCUCCUCCUCCGCCUCCUCGCCCGUACCGACCCUCACCGGACCGCCGGGGUCCUCGGCGACGGGAUCCAGCGCCGGCUCCCUCGGCAACCCGGCGGGAGCGGUCCUGUGCGUGCACGGCGGCCUCUCGCCGCUGAUCGAUCGGGUCGAUAAGAUCCGCCUGCUCGACCGCAAGCAGGAGGUGCCUCACGAGGGCGCCAUGUGCGACCUGCUGUGGUCCGACCCGGACGAGAUCGACGGGUGGGGCCUGUCCCCGCGGGGCGCCGGCUUCCUGUUCGGCGGCGACAUCGUCAAGAUGUUCAACUACCGCAACGACCUCAGCCUGAUUGCGCGCGCCCACCAGCUCGUCAUGGAAGGGUUCAAGGAGAUGUUCGACGCCAGCAUCGUCACGGUGUGGUCCGCGCCCAACUACUGCUACCGCUGCGGCAACGUCGCCGCCCUGCUGGAGCUGUCCGAGGACGCGAGCGGCCUCGGCGUGCUCGCAAGGAGCAACGGCGACGUGGGUAGGAGCGACGGCGGGAUGGGCGUCGGGGGGGAAGACGACGGCGGCGGCGGCGGCGGCAGUGGGCAGGGCCAAGGAGGAGGAGGAGGAGGGGGCCAAGGGCAGCAGGGCGGGGUGCUGGAUCCCAAGUACCUGCCUCGCUUGCCGGGGCCUGCGAGGAGAUACCGCGUCUUCCAGGCCGCGCCGCAGGAUUCUAGGGGGAUGCCGGCGAAGAAACCAGUGGCGGAUUACUUUUUGUGAUCCCUUUAUUCCCCAAUUUCUAUACUUGUUUUCUCUUCUCUGGGGUUAAUUAUGCAUGACAUCUUGGGAUGACGACGGACGAAGCAGAGGGGGGGGGGCAAGGAAGGUUAUACUUGCAUGGAACUGCUGGGGGCUUUCUGAAAGCGCGCGGACCGGUUACGACUACACAGGAUUAUUUGUUCUACCUCUCUUACUGUAUC